UUCCACUUUACACAUACAAUUGAGUAAUUAACUCUCCCAUUUACUUUUUUUUUUAUAAAAAAAAAUGGAGCUCUUCCUCCGAAAACGUAAAACCAAAGCUCUGUUUCCGAUGUUCGUCGCCAUUACAUUAUUCCUCCUUCAGUUUUGGGCUGUGAUGGCCCAAAUUACUCACAACGAGUCUUCUACACAAUCCUCCAAUAAUUCUCCCUCCGCUACGAGUACACGAUAUCUGUCGUCAUCAUCUCCGUCGUCAACCAGAAAACUGUUCUCGUUCAGGUCCAGGUGGAGGAGAAGACGACGUCGUAACAAAGUAAACAGAGCGAGCAUGGAGUUUCUAUUCGCACACAACCUCGUACGUGCGCGCGUGGGAGAACCACCGUUAGAAUGGGACGGAAGAUUAGCGGCGUAUGCGCGGGUGUGGGCGAACCAGCGCGUGGGAGAUUGUAGGCUUGUUCACUCUAACGGUCCUUUUGGAGAGAACAUAUUCUGGGCCGGACAGAAUAAUUGGAGGCCCAUGGAUAUCGUUAAAGUGUGGGCGGAUGAGAAUAAGUUUUACGACGUGAAAGCUAACACGUGUGAGUCGGGGCAGAUGUGUGGACAUUACACGCAGAUUGUGUGGAGAGAUAGCACCAAGGUUGGGUGCGCACGUGUGGAUUGCUCAAAUGGUGGCAUUUAUGCAAUUUGUGUUUAUAACCCACUGGGAAAUUACGAAGGUGAAAACCCGUUUGGAAGUUAUCAAGACCAAAUUGGUCUUCUCCGACAAGAUCCACCGGCAGCAACGAUCGUUUAACCAUUUUGACGAUAUGGCAUCAGAGCAGAGGAGAAAAAUCAAAAAUUUUAGUUGUGAUUUACUUUUACUCAACCUUUUUUUGGGAGAAUUAACUUACUUUUCAUUACUGAUUCAAUAAAUAAGUUUAU